UACAACACGUACAUAUAUGUAUAUACAACUGCAUACGUAGACGGUAUAUAUAGAUAUUCGAUUCGCCAAAAACAGCUUUUAAGUUGUGUUAAUUUCGAAUCAAAUUUAGUUAACGCUACGAUGGUUUCUUUCCUAUCCAAAGGAGUGUUCAUCACAAUACUCUUCGCAGCAGUAACAUCAAUAAAUGCUCAAAAAUUGCACGUCGCUGUUUACUACGAAUCAUUAUGCGGCGAUAGCAUUCGAUUCAUCACCAAUCAAUUGAAUCCGGCGUAUGACGAUUUGAAAGAUUACAUCGAAAUCCUCUUCGUUCCAUUCGGAAAGUCAUGGAGAAAUGGUGGCGAGACGUUCAUCUGCCAACAUGGCCCGGAAGAAUGUGCUGGUAAUAUGGUACAGUCGUGCACUUUGAACGCUUUAAAUGGACCAAUGAAUGGAAAUCCGGAUGGAAGUAUGGCGUACGUUGCUUGUCAAAUGGCACCUGGAGCGGAACAGUCCGGUAGAGUGUGUGCUGAGAAAGUUGGAAUAGAUUUUGGUUUCGUUUCGCAAUGCGUAAAUGGAGGAUUAGGUCAGCAAUUGCAAUAUGGAGCAGAAAAAGCUACUCAUGAAAUUGCAUAUCCGUACCCGAGAUUCGUACCAACGAUUGUUUACAACAGACGUUUCGACCAGAAAUUACAGAACCGUUCCCUUAGUGACUUUGUUGGAGUCGUUUGUGAAUUGAUCAGAAAUCAAGCCCCAGUGUGCAGUCGUAGAUAGAAGUCAAAUUAAUGCUGAAGCUUUCUUCGUAAAAUGUAAAUAAAGUAUCCAACUGAAAUCAAAUCAUU